CUCGUCAGCAGGCACGUAGUUAGAAACAGCCACCCCAGUCUUGACUGCGAGUGAUCAUCAGUCACGAGCACAACUUCUGACAACAGUCUCUCCAGCUUAGUGCAGAGUCUUAACUGGGGCUGGCCAAUCGGCUGCUCUUCAGUAAAGCAGUAGCGCCCUUUGGAUUAGUUGUUCACCCAGGUUCAAUCAGCUGUAGCCUAGAGGGAAGGGGCCAUAAGGAGGAAACACAGUUGCCAAGGCGCUGUGAGUCCGUGUGUGAGAGAGACAGAGGGACAAACAGCCCGAGUGAGAACUUGAGACGGUGUCCGAGCUGCAGGAGGAGGGAAUGAACGCCAUUAACCUGCCCCUCAGCCCGAUUCCCUUCGAGCUGGACCCCGAGGACACGAUGCUGGAGGAGAAUGAGGUGCGAACAAUGGUGGAUCCAAACUCACGCAGUGACCCCAAGCUUCAAGAACUGAUGAAGGUAUUAAUUGACUGGAUUAAUGAUGUGUUGGUUGGAGAAAGAAUCAUUGUGAAAGACCUGGCUGAAGAUUUAUAUGAUGGACAAGUCCUGCAGAAGCUUUUCGAGAAACUGGAGAGCGAGAAGCUAAAUGUGGCUGAGGUCACCCAGUCAGAGAUUGCUCAGAAGCAAAAACUGCAGACUGUCCUGGAGAAGAUCAAUGAAACCCUGAAACUUCCUCCCAGAAGCAUCAAGUGGAAUGUGGAUUCUGUUCAUGCCAAGAGCCUGGUGGCCAUCUUACACCUGCUUGUUGCUCUGUCUCAGUAUUUCCGGGCACCAAUUCGACUCCCAGACCAUGUUUCCAUCCAAGUGGUUGUGGUCCAGAAACGAGAAGGAAUCCUCCAGUCUCGGCAAAUCCAAGAGGAAAUAACUGGUAACACAGAGGCUCUUUCCGGGAGGCAUGAACGUGAUGCCUUUGACACUUUGUUCGACCACGCCCCAGACAAGCUGAAUGUGGUGAAAAAGACACUCAUCACUUUCGUGAACAAGCACCUGAAUAAACUGAACCUGGAGGUCACAGAACUGGAAACCCAGUUUGCAGAUGGGGUAUACCUGGUGCUGCUCAUGGGGCUCCUGGAGGGCUACUUUGUGCCCCUGCACAGCUUCUUCCUGACCCCGGACAGCUUUGAACAGAAGGUCUUGAAUGUCUCCUUUGCCUUUGAGCUCAUGCAAGACGGAGGGUUGGAAAAGCCAAAACCGCGACCAGAAGACAUAGUCAACUGUGACCUGAAAUCUACACUACGAGUGUUGUACAACCUCUUCACCAAGUACCGCAACGUGGAGUGAGGGGCUGCCCUGGGCCCCCCACUGCCCAGGAGCUCUUGCUGUUGGCGUACUGGACCCUCCUCCGAACUGUCUUACCCUGCUUAUUCCUGUCUCUUGCACUGUGCUCUCCCACAAGUCCAGCUGCAACCCAGAGAUAGUAGAAAUUGAAAUUAGGAAGGAAAUGAUCAUAACUCAGUGGGCUGACCCGUCCCUCCCAGGCCCUGGGGACAACCUAGCAAUGAAGGUUGGGAAGGUUGACCCAUCCCGGUGCCAGGUCCACAUUUCCCUCCAUGAUUUGGGAACCAGCUUAGGCAAAAGAGUCCCCAGAAAUGAAAAUAAAGAUCCUAGUUACCUUUCAAAGGGUGCUAACUAUGUGUCAGGCACCACACUCAGUGCUCUGCUCUGAUAUACUCAAGGCCAUUAAUCUUCAGGACUCCCAUGGAAGUAGGUGUUACAAUCCCCUUUUACAGAUGAGGAAACUAAGGCUCGGAGGUUAAAUGACUUGCCAGAAGUUGGCCUUUUUUUCGUCUUUGAACAUAACCUCUCCCUUCUCCCUAAAGGUAACCACUAUUCUGAGCCCAGUCAUCAAGGUUUUGCUUUUCUUUAUAAUUUUAUUACCUAAGUAUUCAUUCCUCAAUAGUAGACAGUACAUGUUUAUAACAAGCCAAUUGCAUAUGUUCUUUACAUAUUCUAAAGUUGUGUAUAUGUGGGCACAUACGAGCACGUGCAUAUGUACACCUGAGCCAAAAAGACGAGAACCCACCGAUCUCACCACUGGGGCAAGCUAGGUCAGAGCUUAGUGAUUCACACUGAAAUUGGCAAAUUGGAUUUAACCCAAUUAAUAGUGUGUGUGUGGCAGGAGUCAUGUCCCUCAAAUCCUUUGUACAAAUGAAAAUUACUCUUAAUUCCAUCAGAUUUAUAAUAACUCUGUACUUUGGUUUCAGGGUGACAUUUGGGAAGGAUUCUGUUUAGAAUUAAUGGAGUGGCACAUUUUGCAGCCUUUUUGCUUGAUUGCAUGUAAUGGAAAUGCCCUAUAUUUUCCUGCAAAAUAAGUACUAAAUUCAUUAUCGUUAAGCAAAUGUACAAUAUGCUCAGGCACUGCAGAGAGCUGGGCACGGGCCCAUGUGAGCAUCGCUUUGGAAGUAGGGCACUUCAACAGGGACCCUUGAACUUUAAAGAAAGGAACUUCUUUUUGCCUUCUAAUUGAUCAUUUGGACUAUUCUGGCUAAGUCUGUCCACAUGUAAUUACCGGCUAAUUCAGGCGAGGAAAAAUGUAAGUCAUUUAGACCAAAGCCAAGCAGUUUCUUUGCGUGGGUUACUCAAGGGCUUGUGGUUACUUGUAUCUCCUCUAUGUGAACUUGACUUUGAAAGACAGAGCUCUAGUGUGCCAGCCUGCUAGGUCCUGUAAGAAUAGGGAAGGGGCAGAGGUGGGUGGGCAGUGACUAGGGGACGAGAAGCAUGGGAAAAUAUUUGCACUCUGAACAUAUAGAGAUAGAGGUGGGACUUGUGGUACUCAACACUUGUAGCCUUCAACUGACUGAGGCUUUGGGCUAAAUCAUCAAUUGUGCUGAUAUCCAUCUCAUUAUGGAAUGUUCCUAAAUAUGCCAGGUAGACACCAGCCCAAGUACCCUCCUCCAGAAGUCUGUGACUACCUUGUCACUACUUUAGGCCCACUCCACAAAGCGCAUCUCUGGUUUGAGAAAUUCAUUUUGAUCUGUAUCUACACCACCCAAAGUUAGGCCUCCUAUAGUGUCCAAAACAUUCCUUUCAGCCUUAUUUCUUACUGUACUGUCUAUCUGCAGUAAUUCAGGACCCAUAAAAUUUAGAUAACUACAUGUCUUUGCUCUUAGAAUUGUCACUCAGCAUAAUGAGCAUUUAACAUACAAAGGCAAUGUACCGUUUUGUGUUGAUCUAUGUAAAAGAAUACAAUUCUUUUUUAUGUAAUUAGUGAAAUUUUAUUUUUUAUUAGGAAACACUAAAUAGUGUGAUAUUUCUUUUGCUUUUUAAAAAAUUCCUGGUAGCAAAUCAAGAUAAAUAAUUGCUUAAUUUUCUUGAGCAAUACUGAAGCAGGAUGAAAUAAGAGGAAUGCAUUCAUUUAAACAUGCUUCGCUUUAUGAA